GGUCAGCUGACAGGACUACAGCUGUGUAAACAUGGCGUCGGUGUGUGGACGUGAAGGCUUCAUGUAGCUGUGAGAGCAGCCAGUCCCCGGUUUAAACACUCACACGGUGAUGAAGGACAGCACUGAGACCGAGAAGAGGAGGAGGAGGACGGACGCUGCUCGCUCAGGUUUCUGCACAGCGUGAACGGAGGAUGAACGCACGGAGCAUGCGCAGUAGGACUGCUUUGUUAACAGACACACUGAUCUGUGUUUGUGUCGCGAUGAUUUCUGUUCUUUUUCUUUACAUAAACAAAGUGCUGCCCGGUCAGGUUAGUCCUGGAGGAACGGAUCUGAUCUGAGACUGUGUUUAAUGACAUCAACAGAUAGAUAUGGAUGCUCUCACAGCUGUUAACGUCAUUAACUGACGCUCAGCAGGAUGCUGACUGAUUGGACCGUUUGAACCCUCUCUCUCUGAUUGGACCGUUUGAACCCUCUCAGUGCUGCUGUGUGUUCAUGUUGUGUUGCUCAUGCCUGGCUUAUUAACAGCACUAUGAUUGGCUCUCCUGACCUGGUGGCGUUCACUAAAGAGGAUGAGUAUGGACACACUAAUCCAGACCCCUGGGCAGUCCCUGAGGAGUUUUCUGUCCCGCUCCAUCCCUUGGUCGACCUUAACCCCUGGGCUAAAACCUCGUACGCCAAAUUCACCAAAGACUUCAUCCUGAUCUCUGAGUUCUCGGAGCAGGUGGGUCCUCAGCCCCUCCUCACCAUCCCUGAUGACCCUAAAGUCUGUGGCUCCUUCGACCUGAACUACUUCUCCCUGCGCAUCAUGUCUGUGGACUAUCAGGCCUCCUUUGUGGGUCACCCGCCCGGCAGUGGAUACCCGAGGCUCAGCUUCGUGGAGGACUCGAGGGUGGUCCUGGGGGACUCAAAGGAGGGGGCCUUUGCAUAUGUGCACCACCUGACUCUGUAUGACCUGGAGGCGAGGGGCUUUGUCCGUCCAUUCUGUAUGGCCUACGUGUCAGCAGAUGAGAGGAAGAUCAUGCUGCAGUUUGAGGAGCUUUCUUUCCGAUUCUCUCAGGCGUCCGAGUGUCUGAAGGCGGGAAACAGGAGGGCGUUCGCCAAAGAGCUGCAGAGGAAGCUGAGGGACCUCGAGUACACUCACUCUGUGCUGCAGAAGGAGGAGGGGCUACAGAGGGAGGCGAGGCCUCAGACCAUGUACUCCGCCCACGCUGUCGAGAAGGCCAAUGAACUGGCUAACGUAGAAAAGAGCAUCUACGAACACCGCGACCUGCUGAGACAGAUCAGCUCGUACCAUCAGCGUCCACGCCGUGACCCGAACGCCGUCACCUGUCAGACGUGUCUCAAUGAGUGUUUGAGUGAGUGUGAACAACUGUUGGACAAAUUCGCCAAAAUUGCAUCCCCCUUCACUCACAGCGAGGACAGCGGGGAGGAUGGGCGGAGUCAACCUGAUGGUGAAGAGGAGGUGGAUGGGGAGGAAGAGGAGGGCGUGAGACGGCGCCCGUCGUACACGCCACAGCUGAUCAAAGCCAAGUCUGCUAAGUGUUUCGACAAACGCCUGAAGACCCUGCAGGAACUGUGUGACGACGUGUUCUACGAGGCCACGGUGGAACUCCUGAAGGACACUGAGAGGAGCUUCAGGGGCGAUCUGUGCUACCUGCACACACGCCGACUGGACCGGGCACUACGCAGGAAACAGCAAGUUACCAACUUCCUGUUUGAGGAGGACCUUGGUGAAGACGAGGAGAGCGAGUUUGGAGCUCUGAGACCGGUUUGUGCCGUGAAUCACGUCAGAGCAAACUGUACGAUCCUAAAUCCACCUCCUGUAGUCCUCCAAUUAGAUCCUCCUGAGCCGGACUCUGACACGAUCCAGACUCAACAGAGCGAGUGCCAUCUGGACUCUGCCGACUCAGACCACACUGUAGAGACCCAGGAGACCACAGAAAGAUACAGGAGGGGUCAGAGUGGGGCAGGGCCAGUUGACAGGAAGCAGGAUCAGGGUGGCACAACUUCAGAGACCCCUGACCAUGACCUGACCCCUGAUCCUGUUCUGACCCCUGACCUGGAGAGAGAGAGCAGUAGUGAGGACCUGGAGACCACAGCAGGGGAGGACGAGGGAGACAGUGUAGGAGACCAGACCCCAGUGUCCCUGCUGGAGGUGGAGUCUGAGUUAAUGACCCGCAGAGAGGAUGAGUCUGAGGGACGCCCUGAUGGGACUUUUGACAUGGACUCGGACUUGUUGAUUCCUAUAGACACAACAUGCUGUUUGUCCCAAGAGGGCUUCCUUUAUGAUGAUUCUACCCCUCUGGUACCACCCUUUAUGGACCAAAGCUCUGAUCCCCAGUCCUGUGAAACCCUGGUUGUCAAACAGGAACCCCAGGCCCUCCUUCCACUCCAGGACCAGUACUCGGUCAGUUCCCCGGGCUCAGGAAGUCCUGCAGCAGGACUGGAUCUCCCUGUCCUUGCUUUUGGAGAUUCAGAUUCUCGGACCUCAGUGGAAGAGGGGUCGGACUGUACCUUGAGUGCUUCUACAGGUUCUGAGCGGGCCCCCUCCCCCCUCGGGUACGGGGGCAUGGUGACGCUGCAUCAGAGGAAGAAGGCGGGGCAGGGAUCCCUGAGGUUUGUGCGACAGUACCCAUUUGCCGUGCAGGCUUUGUGGUGUCUGAUGAGCGGAAGGACUCUGGUGGUUCUUGGGACGGAUGAAGGGAGAGUCCGUAGACUGGUCUCAGCUCUGGCUCUGUUUGUACCUGGUCCAGGCAAAUGUGCAGAGAAGGUUCAGUCGUGGUUGUCCGUCCCCUUCACCCUGACUGACCUGCAGAGGUGGAAACUCAUUGGACUGCAAAGAAUGGCGUCUCCAGUGGGUUCAAGUAUGCUCUACUCGCUGUCUCGCUACAGCCGCUACAUCUCCAUCCUGGACGCCGACCAGAAGACUUUACGCUGUCCGCCAUAUUGUGGCCAACUCCUCGCCAACAUGGCCACCCACCGCACUUACAUCCGACGGGGCUCCACUUACUUCCUUCACCUACAGAGCACGCUCUGUCGCCUGGCAGCCAAGGCCUUCCUGUUUACCUUCACCCACCACCUUCACCUUCCUGUCAGCUCCACGGAGGCGCCCGAGGUGGUGGAGGGCCGCCGCCACUGCUUCCUGCAGGAGCAGCUGGGACUGGGCGAAGAUGACAGCCUGAUACUGCUCUACCUCAGCCAGCUCAUCACACAGCAGUACCUUCAGCCCACCACCGGGGGCAGUGCAGCAUCAACCUGCUUUAGUUUGAAAUACACCACCAGCGUUUUAUACAAAAUCUGAUGCGUUACACAUUUAGAGAAAAACCACAAACCUUUGAUUUUUAACAGACACAAUGUGAUUUUAAGGAGGUCAUUUUAGAUGAGAAUGUUUUAUUAUUUCUGCCUCGCUGUCUUCUUCUCUGGUCUCGUUUCAGCCUUGCUGUGCAGACAAAAACAGAAGGUGAAGUGUGAACGUCAGUCAGUGGUUAACUUCCUGUGUAUUUGUUGACACACACACACACUAACAGAGGAGCUGAGUUAUGUGUGUUCUCUUCCAGGGUUAAAGAGAGCGGCUUGCAGGCUGAUCGUCUGUUUCAGCAGCAUCACUGACGUCUCUCUCACACCAACACGUGUCUGAAGAUUUUCCUUUUUUGAACUUGUCUGUGACACGCUCAGUUUUCUCUGUAUUGAAUGAACUGACGCGAUAAAGUCAAUGUCCGGUUGCGAUGCAUGAAAAUGGUUGUUGAAGUCGGACCAGAGAAAUCGGGUCAGCAGCCUCCUGUCAUGUUUCUCCUGCUGAGAGCAUGGAAGAGGAUGGAACUGACGACGUUUGAAAAGCUAUUUAACCUUUAAUGUAUUAAAUAUCACCGCUGUGAUUCAGGGUGAGAGUGAUGUCGUGUUCGCAUGAGAUCGUGACGUGUCCGCUGGAUCACAGUCUGCUAUAUCGUCUUGUUGUCUUUGCAGAGAUGUUGCUGAGGUUGUCUUGUUGUCUCUGCAGAGAUGUUGCUGAGGUUGUCUUGUUGUCUCUGCAGAGAUGUUGCUGAGGUUGUCUUGUUGUCUCUGCAGAGAUGUUGCUGAGGUUGUCUUGUUGUCUCUGCAGAGAUGUUGCUGAGGUUGUUGUCUCUCUGCAGAGAUGUUACUGAGGUUGUCUCUGCAGAGAUGUUACUGAGGUUGUCUUGUUGUCUCUGCAGAGAUGUUACUGAGGUUGUCUUGUUGUCUCUGCAGAGAUGUUACUGAGGUUGUCUUGUUGUCUCUGCAGAGAUGUUGCUGAGGUUGUUUAGAUUUUACUAUUUAAAAAAAAGUACUUCCUGUGCCAUCAAAGCAGAUUGCUAAACUUGAAAAGUUGCCUUUAAUUUAUUUAUUUGUCAACAAUCUGUAUUGAAUGUGUGUGAUGAACAAAAUGGGGGUUGUUUUGUCCUUGCGCUAACUUUUUAUUUUAAGAUUUAACUAAAAACAUCCUCCCGAUGUUUUUGUUUUUACUUCAGUUAGAUUCUUUUACGUCAUGUUGUUUUUGUACUUUUUAAACUCCUUUUAAAUAUGAUAACUUUCUGAUGCCAUUGUUAUCCCCUUUUCAUGUACAAAGAAGAAUGUAAUCUGAAGAAGCCAUACCAUGAUAACAUUAGUGCUAACAUGUUAUACCACAGUUUGCUAAUGUGUUGUCUGUGUUUUUGUUAUCGUGUCUGCCUUUUUAACGUCACCAUGAGGGAGUGCUGUGCUCCCUGCUUCCCUGUAUAACGGCCUUGGUAAUUUGAAUAAAGCACGCUGUGAUGUCAUGAAACUGAAA